GUUUCGAGUUUUGACUUUCGAUUGGUUUGUUUUUCGUUUUUGGAAAAAACUUAUGAUUUUGAAUAAAAUAGUAGGUAUAAAAAGCAAUAGCUAUUAAAAUUAAUGAUAUAGAAUUCAUUCAAUAAUUAUUAAAAUGUAAAUAAAUACAAAUGUACGCUUAAAAAAUCUUUAUAUUUAGAUCUAAACAAGAAGUUUGCAGGUUAGCUUGGUUUGAAGCAGUAAUUUGCAAACAAAACUCUAAAGUUCAGUGAACAACGAAAAUAAAAUUACUGUAGACAAAACAAAGUGAUUAUAGUGCAUUGAUCGUUUACUAUUAUUAAAUGUUAAUGUAUUUUAAUGACUUUUGAACUGGGAGAGUUUAUUGACCUUUUCUCAACAUUUGAGUAGAAACUAUAGCGUAAAUAUCAGGGGAGAGUGUAAAGUAAGCAGUUUUAAAGCUUCAAAAUGAACGGGGAGAAGAGGAAUUCGCGCGGUAGAGGGCGAGGGCGCGGACGUGGCAGGGGACGAGGUCGAGGUCGCGGGAGAGGCAAGAAGGUGCCGAAAGUGAUGUCUUCCGAUGAGGAGGAGUGUUCCAUAGAAGAGGCUGUCCAAGAUCAAGAGGAUGCUAUGGUGGAAGAAGUCAAAGUGGAGCCGGAACACAGUGAACCAGCAAAAUUGGAAGUCCCCUCGGACAUAUCCCAGUUGGAAGCACCAGUGUUCACAACUCUGCAGAGAGGUCCCCCGGAGCCCAUGCUGCGGCUGGACUGGAGUCACCGUGCAACGCUCAUUGGAGAGAAAGUGCUCAACCCCAUGAUAUACUGCUGUGAUAUCUGCUCCAAACCUAUUCUUAUUUAUGGUAGAAUGAUACCAUGUAAACAUGUUUUCUGCUUGACAUGUGCCAGAUCUGACCAUACUCAUUGUCCACGCUGCAGAGAAAAGGUUUUAAGAGUGGAACAAACAGGUCUUGGGACAGUCUACAUGUGCACUCACUCUGGCAGCAGAUAUGGCAAUACAGGAUGCAGAAGGACUUAUUUGUCGCAGCGUGACCUGCAAGCUCAUAUCAACCACAGACACGUGUCAUCGGGAGGGGAUAACAAACAGGAAGCUGACCCACCGCCUCCCUCUGUUGCCAUUGUCAAACCUCUUUCUGUGCCGAGCAGUGCCAACGAUCCUCGUUCGCACGCGCACGGAGCGGGCGAGCGGCCGCGCGGGCCUCGCACUAAUCUUAUCACCGUGCCCAUACACGACCAGCCGGAUUCACACAACUACUACACUUACUAUCAGCAAACGCCGCAGCCGGUGCCGCCGCCCGCAAUGCCGGCGGUGUCGUCGGUGCAAGUGCUGCACGCGCUCAGCGUGCCGCCGCCGCCCUACUACACCGCGCCCUACGCGCCCUCCGCUACCUAUGUGGGCCAACCUGGUCCAACGAUGACGACUAACGUGACUGGUGUGUCACCAAUGCCGAGCUCCGUGCCCAUAGCGACCGUGAACCCCAUCACGGACAGCGCGCGGUGGCCCGACGGCUACCAGCAGCCCGGCGUGCCGGUCCAACAGUGGCCGCCGCAGAGCCAGCACCACUACUACAGGUAGCCCCUAUACCGACGACGGGAGCCAUGAAACUACGCUCAGUAUGAAGAUUACGAAGAUGAGUGAAUGUGCGUCUAGCAAAUACUGACUACUUAGAUAGCAUGUAUUAUAAAGUGCAGACUGUAAACGGACUAUAUUGUAGUAUAUAGUAAUACUAGCUGUUGCCCGCGACUUUAUCCGCCUCCCGGAUUUUAUUUCAUACAAACCUUGUCCUGACAAUUAGAAAUACAACAAAAAAAAAAUAAUUAUCCAAUUUGGUCCAGUCGUUCGGAAGUUAUUUAUGUUAAUUUAUAUAGAUUAUACUGUGAAUUUCAUAUAUUAGUUAUAGCCUUUUCAGUGAAAUAAAAUAAGGAUUUAUAAAAAUCAACGAAUGUUAUUUUAUAGAUCACUGUGACAUAAAAAGUUGGACCAUUGUUACACAAAUGCUAUUUUGUACAUAAAAAAGUAUCAACAAAUAAACAAAUAAUUAAUAAUUCUUGA